AUGGGGAAUUUCACUAAACAGGUCGUUGCCGUCAUCGGAGUCAUCAUUGGAAGACCAGCAGACCUCCGGAAGUUUUUUAAACCUACCGUCGCCAGAGGGAAGACCGUUUGGCCAAAAACUCCCGCGGAUUUACUUCGGUAUGGGGUGCGCUGGGAUUAUGAUGGAGUGGUUGACCAUCUCGGCCAACAAUGUCAUAAGUACCAACUUCAACCCAAUGCGGGUAAAAUACCUUCUACUAUCAAGGAAUGGCGUGAAAAGAAUGGUGGAACCCACGCAGUAAUCACCACAAUGUAUAUUGCUGUUGAUACCGAACCCAACGCCGAAAUUUUUGAAGAAGCGGCAACCAACGCGAUCAAUGCUAUUGGAACUCAUUGA